AUGUUUUCACAGUGCCGGCGAAUUCCUACAUGUGUCGGUUCAAGAUGCGCUCAUGCUGAGCAGCAGGACCAACCAAGUAGAGGAAAUCUCGCAUUUGCAGUUCGCAACACCAUUCAGUGGAGCAGGCUUCCAGCUGCAAAGUCCUUGGCAGGCUCCAUGAGCAUCGACUCUGUGCUCAGAGGCGCAAGCUUGGAGUUGCGGGUCCAAGAGAAAGCUAGGAAUCGGAACAAGCGUGGCAUAUACUGUGUUGACUUGUCAAGGCAUGGAGGGAGACUUGGGAAGCUCGCGUACAGAAGUGCCGACUUCGACGCGCUUGUUAGCACUGUUUUGGAUGAGCUGAAGGUGGCUGGGCUGUUCAUGUUUCCCACCAAGGUUUUGGAGCGGCACGCGCUCGUGGAUCAGAAGCCUGUGUCGCUUCAGCUGUAUCCUCCCUGGGCCCUCCCAAAGCGUGAAUCUGCCCGAAUGAAGCAUGCAUGGCAGCUGGAUCACUUCGUAGAUCUUCGAGACUGGAAGGGAGGAGAUGCGCUGCCAAGCUGCUGUCGCGAUCGACUUCUUGACUUGUUGCAGGGCUUCGAGGACUGA